GAGGAUAGUUAAUUACAUGUGACAUGCUGCUACAAGGCGAUUGGCUGUACCAGUUCAAGCGGGAAGCGUGAGAAGGACUGUUACAGUUUUUUCAAUAAUGGCGACGGGAGGCAGUGAAGUGAUGUCGCAGCUCGAAAUGCCGACAGAAGCCGACUCCCAUCCCACAAUCCCAAAGACUGCUAGUUUCAGCCCAUUCAAGUACCCAUUCUCUCCGCUGGGGUCGGGAGGCAGCCCGACCCUGCACUCGGUGUUUGCGUCACCCAGAAAUGUAAAGAUGGCGGGCACAGGCAAUGUGUGCCGCAAGCUUCAGUUACCUCCGUGUCUGGACAGAGAGGGGGAAAUCUGGGAGGCAGAGGUGGAGGAGCUGCAGAUCAGCACUGCCCUGCAGGCUCAGCCUCUCCCGCCCAUCAUCCAUGUGUCUGCGGGGGAGCUGUCCGUGCAGGAUCGGAUCUCUUUGUACUGCGAUCACAUUCUGCAUAACUGCAAGGCUGAAGAAGUAGAUGAAGCACUUUGUCGAUACCUUUCGGAGAAGUUACAGAAGAAAGAAAAGUGUAUAGGGGUUUGGAAAACAAACCCUGGGCUUUUUUUCCACAAAUAUGAUGAUGGUGCUAUACAAUAUGUUGGAGUUCUUGUUGAGGUUACUUGGAAUCCAGAUGUAUCUAAUUAUUUAAUAGCUAGAAUUCAGAUAGCAGAACCAUUUUCCUCCAAUAUUGCUAACAUGCAAAGAGAGUUAGUUGAUGAUCUUUUGGAACAAAUUGGUCACCGUGUGCCUCUGCUAGAGAUCUACCCUACUGAAGGACAGGAUGAUGCAAUGUGUGAAAUUGCACAAGCCUUGGAUAUUGUGAGGUUCUUUUUUGAUCACCUUUGGAGAGACUGGGAUGAUGAAGAAAAAUUAGAAAAUUAUGCUUUUAUCAUCGAAGAAAGGAUUAAAUUGUAUGGGGACAUUCAAGAUGGAAACAUUCCUCGUCCCAUUUUACAGCGAUUUAAAACAAUGUUUGAAAAAUAUAGAAAGAAGCGUUUUGAAUUAAUAAAUUUUCAAAGAGAGAUAAAAGAUGAACCUUCAGUUUCAGAUGCUGUUGAAUGUUGGCAUAAAUACUAUGAAGUUCAGAUGAUAGGUGAAUUGUUAAAACUAUGGGAAAGUCUACAACUCAGCUCUCAUGUACCAUUUUCACCAAGAAUACUGAGAUGUAAAAAAGGUCCAAGGGAUUCUGGAGAAGUUGUGACACAUGUUGUGACCAAUAUAAUGAUUGCAGACAUGGUGAAAACAUAUUCUCCAGGCACGCUAAUUAAGCAACAUAAUAAUUUAGAUACAGCUUUGGAGAAUUGUUAUUGUGGGGAUACCGUGCAGAUUUUUCCUGGAGAACAUAAGGCUAGAGCAUUAGCUAUUUUGACAGAUGACAUCACCAUAGCAGGCAUUGGGAAGAAAGAAGAAAUAAUAAUUACUUCAUAUCCCUUAAGUGACAGUUUUGUGGCUACCAUAGCACAAAACAUAAAAAUCAUUAACCUCACAUUAAGACAGAAAGAGACAUUUAAUGGCAUAGUUAUCGUGGAAUCUGGCCAUCUGACUCUUCAAAAUUGUGAUCUUCAGUGUGAUGGAACUGGCAUUUGUGUUCUCACAGGAGCAGCUUUGACAAUGGCGGAUUGUGAAAUAAGUGGCUCCCAGGGAGCAGGUAUUAAACUUUACCCAGGAUGUGGCGCCAUACUUGAGAGAAACAAGAUUCACACCUGUGGUAAAUCCAAAUGUACAGAUGACUUAGCAAGCAUCCAAGGAGGUGGAAUUAAAUUAAAGGUUAUUCCUGCACCAGUAUUAAAGAUGAGCAAUAACCACAUUUACAACAACAACGGCUAUGGUAUUAUAAUAGUCCAGCCCAAGAGAAGAUUUGUUAACACACUGAAUUUUACGAUGGAAGAUGCAGCAGCUGGAGACAAGAAAGAGGAAAAUGUGCUGACAACAGCUAUAGAAAGUCUUAACCUAGAAAUCGACAGUAACAAACUAGAAGAAAACUCUCUAGGAAAAGUUGGAAUAGUCUUCACCUAGAAGCUCAUAUUCCCAUUAGUUAAUGUUUUAUACCCUAGUCAAUUUAUGUUGAUUUUAUAGUUAAUUUAUGUUGGUUGUAGUUGGUGUGAGUUAUCAUCCAGUUAUUUAUCAAAAUAUCUCUGCCUACUUUGGGAUGUUGUUAUCACAAAUUUAUAUUUGGCCAUUAGGUCUAUAACAGAGGAAAUAGGUUGUUUGGCAUUUUUGGUUAGA